AUGAGGUUCAUCACAAGAGAGAUGCCAUGGAAAUUUCAUAUUCAGAUACUUUUUGAAAAGGAAGAUAAGCUACUCAGCGUGCGAGACAAAUGCGUUAGUGAGGCCCCAACACCUACAACAGAUUGCUCAAAGAGAUGGACAAGAUCCCCUAGAGGACAAUCAUGGACAGCUAAGUGGCCAAAGUUGAUAAUUCCUACUUUGAGAUGUUGUUCUGUUCGAGGAUCCUUAACUCAAGAGAAAUAUGUUGUCGAUCAGGAUGCAUUUCUCAAGGAUGAUGUUGAAGCUCAUGCUAAGCUUAUCAAUCUUGGAGCUAAAUUUGACACGCCUAAAGUACUCAUUCUGUUAAAUGAUACAUGCCUAACCUGCUCCUCAGCAUUAUGA